GGUGAGGUGAGGAUGAUGGUUCUUGUUCGUUGAUCUGACCUGCUGUUGAAAAAUGUAUGAAUCAUUACCGCUAUAAGAAGACAGAUGGAGCUCUGGCACCAUGCUGUUUUUUUUAGGUUCUUAAAUAAGCAGUAGGAGCAGAACAAUGAGAAACACUUAAUACCAGGAACAAGGUAAUACAUUUCAAAAAUGCUUUGGCAAGACUUUGUAAGGAGAGAAGCAAACAAGUGGUGUGUAGGUCUGUAAUUAGUACAAACAAGAGACAGGUGAUCUCGAGUGGGCCGGGCCUAAGUGGGGAGGACCAAUCAGGAACGGAGGAACUAAUGACUAAUGCAGGUCUCUGUGGGACAACAAUCAGCAUUGGUUCCUUCAGCAACCAGGUGCUGUAGCAGACACAGGUACAAUAGGUUUUAUCCAGAAAUACUGUGUUGCCCGAAGAGCCACUGUGGAGUGAUGAAGACCACCCUGCCUGUUGCUCUUUGCCUUCUGUCUGUGGUUCUUCUCCCUCUUGGAGAGUGUUGGGAAGCACCUUUGUUUUGCCAUGGAUAUGAAUGUCCAGAGUUCACUGUGGUAAACACGUAUGAGUCUUUUGAGGAGCGCGUCUAUACCUCCAGUCGGUGGAUUACAACAGACAUCGCAAGCAUCAGUAACAGCGACGUAGCAGCUGGACUUUGGAAACUCUAUGAAUACACGCAAGGAGAGAAUACUGAGAAAAGGGUGCUUCCCACAACUAGACCUGGGCUUGUGUCAGUGAAUGAGGCCGGUGAGAAUGGGCAACGUCAAGUGUCGGUCUCUUUCUAUGUCGCCCCAGACACUGUCCUCCCUCAGCCGAAUGAUGGUACCAUUAAGGAAAUAACCAGACCUGGUGGCACAAUCUAUGUCAGGGUAUUUUCUGGUGUCGCCUCAGAGUCUGAUGCCAUAGAGAACAAGAACAAGCUGAAGGAGGACCUGCAGACUGCAGGAAAGCUGUUUGAUGAGAACAUGUUUGAUGGGGCUGGAUAUGAAUCUAUGUUGAUCUUAAUCGACAGACACAAUGAAGUGUGGAUCCAUGCCGCCUGAUAGCUGACGCAUCUAAACACUAUGGAUCAUAAAUGUUAUAUCACUGACAACUGCAUUAUCUCUCUUAUUUCAUGUGUACUAUUAUAUAUUCUUCCUGUGCAAUAACUUUUAUGUGCACCUCACUGCUUCCUUAAGGAUUCCUUAAAAUUCAAGCAUGGGCUUCUUCAGUCUUUCAACAGAGCGAAUUACCAUACACAGUGUGCAGUACAGAUUUAAAAGGUGUUGAACUGUUCUAACCAUUUUAUUCUAGAACUUCUAUAUUUAUGCGGUCGUAUGAUAUUCUCAUCUGAUGUUCGGUGCUUCAUACUAUUAACAGUGACAGGGUUACUCAAAUCCUGUAUAUUUCAUCUUUCUCCAAGGCAGGGUCACCACCCCGUCUCCUGUAGAUCUACUUUUCUGCAAAGUUUAGUUCUAACCUGCGUCUAACAUGCUGCCCCCACCUGACCUAACACUAAAGCAUCUGAUCCAACCAGUCAAGAAGUUCUGAAGAAGUUCCUGGAGCAGGUGUGGUUAGAACUAGACUCUGCAGGUAGAUCUCCAGGACCAGGUUUGGUGACCGCUGGUCUAAGGCGAGAGUUUUUUUGGAAUUCUGUCGUGCCAGAGGACCCCUUGAGGGUUCCUUUUAGAACCUGUAUGAAGUGGUUUUACAUUACAGCAAAAAAAGCUCUCCCUUCAGGGUCAAAUCAGAGAAACCUGAAUGAUUUUAUAGACUUUAGAAGAGUAGACUAUUAAAGUUUAUUUUAUGUUGUUUUACCUAACAAGUAAUGCAUGUUGUGUGACAGGUUCGAGAACAGGUUUUAGGACUAUGCCAUAACACCCAGAUCUUAAAUAAGAUUUGGAAUUUAUCCUGCCCUCUUUUUAAUAUGUUCUUAGUCAACUUAAUGUUUAUCUAGAUGUUGCAAUAAAAACUGGCAUACAAUCAGAAUUAAUUCGUGUUUUAAUGUGUUUUGAUUAAAAAAAAUGCCUACCUCAA